ACACUUUUGCGUUAAUUUCAACAAAGUUUUUAGAAUUUUUUUAAUGAUUUCUAUCCAAAAUUUACAUAUUGGAAUUUAAAUUAAAUUAAAAUUCAGGCUUUUUUGCAAUCAAUUUAUAAAAGUCCUUGAGAACACAAUACGCGGGGCUAAAUAUUUUGCGCGGAUUUAAAAAAAAAUGGAAAAUUCCAAAAGAUUUCAAAAAAUUCCUUGUAAACCUGAAGAAAUUUUAGAAUUAAAACCUAGAUAUCAGGCAGUUAGACAGAAAGCAUUAAAUCUUUUAGAAACUUCUUUAAAAAAUAGAAAUGACUUGAAUAAACAAUCUGAAGAAGCAUGUAAUAAAUCUGAGCCUAAGUCGAUAAAUAUAAGCGAUAUUUUGGCAGAAAAUACUAUAGUUUUGGAUUCACCUUUGAAACAGAAUCAAAAAAAUGGGAUAAGUCUAGAAAAAACAAUAGAAAAUAAUGAGGGCGAAAUUUUAUUUAAACCCUCUGAAAUAACAGGCAGAUCAACAUUAUUUAAACAGUCUGAUUUGUUAAAAGAUAAAAGUGAUGUAACUGUUGAAGACAUUUUAGCAUCAAGUCUCUGCGAUAAAAUUCGACGUAUUACAUUAAGUGAAAAAGAUAAUUUUAAAUUAUCCUCAUUUAACUCUAUAAGCACAAAUUUUUCAACUGAUUCUAAAAUUAACGAAAGUUUCAAACCUGGCGAACUUAUGGCAUCUCAAUUACUUCGUGAUGAAUUAUCUUGGGAAAAUGAUUAUUUACCAAUACCAAGUGCCGAAGCAAUAGUUCAAGCUGCUGAGAAAAAUAAUUCUUAUUUAUGCAAUGUUGAAAAUUCUUCAAAAACUAAUCAAGAUUUGAGUAAUAUUUCAGAAAUAGAAAACUACUUUUUCAAGCGUUCCAACCAAUUGGAAAGUAUUAUUAAUCCUGAUGUAUCGAGUCCACCAAAAAGAAGCCCCGUAAAACUAGUAGACGAUGAAAAAGAAAAGCCUUUGCAAGAAGAUACCUUUUUAAAUAUGAACACCAACAACAUUACUUCAUCUACAAAAACUUAUACAAAAAGUCCAUCCGAAGAAAUAAGAUAUUACAAAGAAAAAAAAAGUAACCAAAACGUACUUACAAUGUCAACUAUCGAAAAUGUUUUAAAAAAAUUAAAUUUCAAUGACAUGAAAAAUAGUUCUGAAGUAAAUAAGUUUUUAGAAAGAAGAAAAGAUUCCGAAAAAGAAAACAUACAGCAUAAACCGUACGAUGACACUGUUACAUUUUCAGAAUCUAUGUUGGACGAUUCAAAUGGUAAUAGUUCAGUGGUUUCAGAACAAAUUUCCAAAGUUUUAAAAAAUUCAACAACGGGAGAUGUAAGAUUAGCCAAAAGCCAACCAAACUUUUCUCAGCUAUUUUUGAAAGAAAAAGAAAAAAAUAUAUCAAAGAAACGAUCACGAUCUGCUAAUAGAUGUCUUAUUCCAGAGUCUUUGCAAUCUACUAAAUCACUAUCAUCCACAUUAUUAAAUGGUUCCAAAUUCAAAAAUCUUUUAGAAGUUGAUAAUAAAAUUCAGCCACCUAUUUCUCCUAUACGAUCAAAAAGUAUUACACCAAAAAAGAGGCAAGAUAAAAACCUUCAGAAUUCACCAAUUUCGCUCAAUACUACUACAGCAUCUGACCGGAAUUUCCUUUGUAUUGAUGAUAAUGAAAAAUUACUUUCCCCUAUGUCGAGAAUAUCCAAAAAAAAAUCAACAUCGCCGUCCAUUUUAUCAGAACCCAUAGUUCAACCAUUUGCAGGUUCCUUAGCAUCAAUAAAAUCUCGCUGUAACUCUCAAUGUUCAACUUCCAGUGAAUUUACGCAUAGAGAUGGACAAUCGUUGCCGAUAAAAGCUACAUUCAAGCAAUGUUGCUUUGGAGCGGUCAAAUUAAGAACAAUUGUAAGAAAGUCAGUUGGAAUAAGAAAUAUUUCCAUCAAAAAAUUGUCUUUCAAAGUUGAAAUCGAAGGACCAGGUUUUCAAAUUGAAAAUAUGGAAAACAAUUCAAUUGUAGUUUUGCAAGGUCAAGAAUGUCGUUCGUUUUCAAUCAGUUUUUGUCCCACUAUGUUAGGAUCGGCUAUCGGAAAACUUAGUUUCAGCCCACCUUACGAAGGUUGGCCAAUAGAUAAGGUCAUACUAUUGCAAGGAUAUGGCGGUCAUGCUAGCAUCAGAGUUCGUGAUUUUGAAAAAGGACCUGCAGGUCCACCAUAUAUAAACCUGGGAGAUAUUCAAGAACUGUCUCAACCUCUAAUAAGAACUUUCACAAUUUAUAAUCGCGGUCCUUUGGCUGGAUUUGCUAUUGUAAGCUUGAAUUCGUCUGGUUUAGUAUUUUCAACCUUAUGUGAGUGCAUCGAAAUUGAACCUAAAAGAGCAUACAUACCCCCAGAAUCAACUAUAAGAUUCCGAAUUACUUUUCGUCCACGCCGAAGUGAUAUUAAAAAAAUGUUAUCUAAACUCUGUGAAGUAAUGUGCAUUGCAAAUAUCAGAAUUAUAACAGGAGACGAUUCAACUCGUCAAAGAAUUCGUAAUAUCAUAAAGUUACAUGAAAAUGAAUUACCUGAGCUAACCCAGUCAAAAUUAUCCAACUGCUGGACAAUAUUAAAUAAUGAAAUCGCAUUAAAAGAUGUAAAUAAUUUCACUGAGAGCCCGGAAAAUGCUCUAGAAUUGGCAAGUGGUUUUCGCGACUGGGAAGGAGUUCUCACGAUUACUCACAAUUGUAUGGAUAAUACGAAAAAUUCAUCACUAGUUUUUCCGGAUCUUGAUGAAACUAUUUUAUUCCGCACGAUGAUUUCUGCUAAUUCUGGGUCUAAGCAAAAAAGUCUUGCUGUUGAAGAUGAUCACCGUAAACUUUCAGAAUCUUACUCAGUAAGACCAAACGUCUUACGAUUUGAUCAUCGGACAGAAAUUAUAAAAAAGGCUACAUUUACAAUUGAAAGUUUCUUUAAAAUUGAACAAUAUUUCGAAAUUACUUCGAACUUUAAAAAUUUAUUUAACAUACAUCCAAAAGAAGGGAAAAUUUUUCCGGGCCAAAUUGUAGAAAUUGAAGUGAAUUUGCUGGACUGUCAUUUCACUACAUCAGAAAAUAUUAACAUAAUUGUAUACUUUGAGCUUGAAAAGAUAAAUAUUCCGGUUAUACUUAAGGGAGAUUGAAAUUUCCAUAAUUGCUUUUUUCGAAAAUUUUUAAUAUACACGUUUUACGAACAUUCUAA